AUUUGUUCUGUUCCUUCUGGGUGUGGGGGAGUUGCGGACUAGUUAUGUCGUUUCCGAAGGCUCCGAUCAGGCGCUUCAAUGAGGCACCAACUUGUGCCCCACCACCAGGCUCUUACGAUAUCAAAACUUCAGACCCAUCAAAAGGACCUGUGUCUUUUGAAAAGUCUCAGCGAUUUAAGAUGCAAAUGGCGGAUGUAGGAGUUCAGCCAAAUCCAAGCAACAUGAAACCUAUGCCUUCCCCAGCAACUACAAGAAAACUUCCAUCUCUUGGUUCAAGACCACACAGCACAGGAAUAAAGUCUGACAAGGAUCUGACUGCCAUUAAAGAAUCGAAAAAGCAAAAGGAGCUGGAAAAGGAGAUUCGGAUACUAAUUGGAGAACGUGGCCAGCAAGGUAAAAGAUUGCAAGUCCUGGAGGAAGAUCUUAUCAAGUCUGAAUCAAAGCUGUCUGCUGCAGUUCGGGAGAAAAACACUCUUUUGGCAAAUGUUGCUUCUCUGGAAAAACAGCUUCUGGAGUUGAGAAAAAGCAAUGACUUGCUCAAAACAAAGUGUUUUGAAGAUGGAACCCAGAAGAAAAUGCACAGUCUCUAUUUGGAAUUAAUGAAGCUUAGGAACAAAAUGAACUCAAAAAAGAUGGAUCCUAUUAAAAAGGAAGACAUGGAAAUUCAACUAAAUGUAAUCCAAGGAACUGUGGACGAAAAAGUAGCCCACCCUGAAGAACUAACAGAAACAGAGAAGCCAAUUGAAGGGAAAUAUGACUCAGAGAAACUCCUGGAAUAUAUAGUAGAACUUGGCAAUGUUGCAGAACAAGUUGAUGAUAAAUACAAGCUCCAUAUUGUCAAAUUAGAGGAAAUAAUAGAAUCCAAGAACAAGGACAUUGAAACAUUGGAAAGUACUCUUCGUCUGAAAGAAACUAUGGUAUCUACACAAACUGAAGAACUGAAUCAAAAGUGCAAGAUACUUGAAGAGCAGAAAGAGAAAUGCUUCCGUGAAUAUGGAGAAAAGGAGCAAGUUAUGACUGCUGAGAUACAAAGCCUAAAAGAAAAAUUAUCUACAGAAGAGCAGGAACACCAAAAGCAGAAGAAGAUUAUUAAGGAUGCUUCAGCUGAUAUGCAUCAGAAGUUGCUUAAAUUCCAAGAGGAGGUAGCUAAAGAGAGAGAGAUUCUAGAGACAGAAUUGAAAGAAGCCAUGAAUGAGUUGGAUAAAUUGCACACUAAAGAAGCUAAAGUUGAGAAGCUGUUAAAGCACUUGGAACAGGAUAAUGAAUCCCAAACUGGGGAGUUAUCACAGCUGGAAGCAAAACUGCAAAGGAAAAGUGCAGAGUUAGAAGAAAUGGCUGAAUCACACAAGAGUACCAUUGAAAAGCUGCAAGGAGAACACAGCAAACUCCAGUGUAAACUUGGAGAGACCACCACUGAAUUUGAAACUUACAAAGUCUGCAUGGCUGAAGAGAUUACAUGCCUGAAGCAAGACAAAGCUACUUUGCAAGAUAAAUUAACUGAGAUGAGUAGAACAGUCCAGCAUGUGACUCAUGCAGUGCAAGAAGAACAGCAUGCUAAAGAUCAGGCAAAGGAAGAUUAUAUGAGGAUGCUUCUUGAAACUCAGACGAAAAUAGCAUUAAAAGAUGCAGAAAUAGAAAGAAUCAAGGAAUCAAGUAUUAUGCAAAUUGCUAAUCUACAAGCAAAACUAGAGGAGCAAAGUGAAGAACUAAACAAAAAACUUGAAAUAGAAAGGAAAACCAUUACAGAAAAAAUUGGAGUAGAUUACAAAGAGAAUAUAAAAACUUGGCGUGUCCUCUAUGAAGACCUAUAUAAUAAAGUAAAGCCUUUUCAGCAACAGCUAGAUGCAUAUGAGGCAGAGAGAAAUGUCCUCUUAAAUGAGCAUGGUGCAACCCAAGAAGAACUGAACAAAAUUAGUGAUGCUUAUGCUAAGUUGCUGGGCCAUCAGAAUCAGAAGCAGAAGAUCAAACAUGUAAUGAAACUGAAAGAAGAGAAUACCCAACUAAAACAGGAGGUAUUAAAGCUGCGUGUCCAAGUAGCAAAGGAAAAACAAGCAAGGGGAGAGCUCCAAGAUCAAAUUAAUGAAAUUCAGGGUAUUAGACGAUUUGAUCCUUCUAAAGCUUUCCAGCAUUCUAACAAGGAAAAUGUUGGUCCCAAAACACCUUUUAAAGAAAGUAACGAAAACAAAAAUCAAGCUGUUCUCUGCUGAACAAGAACAAAUUCAUACUUGAGAGAUUCAUCUUUCCAAGAAAGUAUUGAUUGUCUACUAUUUUGUGUGCUUCAAUCUAUAUUUCUAUAAUAGAAAGCUCUCUUUAAAUAUCUCUCUAAUAAAGCAAGUAAUACUUACUUUUAAACUAUCUAAAAUGCAAACAGCUACAGUACUUACAUCUUAAAAUAUCAGUAGGUCACAAUGAUAAAACAUUAAGUGCUAGCCUAGUAAUUUUUGUAGAUGACAUUGGUAUAUAACACCUAAGUGAAAUUUGUUUAUACACACACCCAGGCUAUGUUAGAUAGUUAAACUCUGACUUAUAUACAGUAUUUUAGAAAUUGAAACAGUUGCUUCAGUGAUCAUAAAUAGCUCAUAGUUGUGGAAGUACUUAGCCUUCAAACACUAUGCAACUUAUAAUUUACAAAUUUUUCUGUUGUUUAAUUAGCAUGUGAAUUGAUUUUGUUUUUUUGCAUGUGAAUUGAAAUAUGUGUGGCUCUGAUUUUAAAGAUUACAUUAGGUUGUAGUGUUAUUUGAUUUUAUUCUUGGCUCACCAUUUUAUUUAGAAGAAUUUGUGAAACCCUCAUGAUUACAAGAUGCUUGUCUUGAGCUGGACCAUUUCUUAAUUUUAGGGUUUGUAACUGGUAUAUCCCUUAGUUUCCUAUUUGUUAUCUAUAUCCUAUUCUUCUGUGGAGAGAACAAACACAAAAGGAAAUUCUUACUAAUAAGUGUAUGGAAGAAGAGACUUUGAUAUUUGGUUAGUUCCUCCUGCCAGCCAAACAGGUUUCAUCAGCAAAACAAAGCAAAUUUUUCCUGUCCUCAUUGUGCCUACCCUGGAGCAAUUCUUUAUUUUUACAAUACUGAUGAU